AUGUUGCGUCGUCGUGGUACAUAUACGGUGAACGAUGAAGCCACUAUUCGUCGUAAUCGAAAAUCGGAUAACUUUAUAGUCACGAAGAGUAUUGAAAAUUUACGCGUGUCCGAGGGUCCGAGGGCCCACCGUCCCGUGGGGGAAGUAACUGCCCGUUCGGAACCCUCCCUCCUCCGACUUGACGACAGAAACGGUCAAUUGAGCCGAGCAUGUGACCGUAUCACCACUUUUUGUAAGAAAUUUCGACGCACGAUUAGCGAAGUGGAUACGCUUAAAAAGAACGAGCUGACAUCGGAUAAGAAAGGAUCUGGCUCACAUCGCAAGGACGGCUCAAAGGUGACGACUGUAGUGGCGACGCCGGGGCAAGGCCCCGACCGGCCCCAAGAAGUGAGCUAUGCGGACAUGAAGCUGAUUGGCAAUGGAAGCUUCGGCGUUGUCUAUCAGGCCAAGCUUUGCGACACCGGUGAGCUGAUUGCCAUCAAAAAGGUGCUCCAGGACAAAAGGUUUAAGAACCGAGAGCUUCAAAUAAUGCGAAGACUGGAGCAUUGUAAUAUCGUUAAAUUGAAAUACUUCUUUUACUCCAGCGGGGAAAAGGUUGCAGUACCUGAGGCAGUUAGCUCACUGCUAAACGCAAUGCAGUCCCUAGAUGUCACAAAGGAUGAAGUGUACCUGAACCUGGUGCUGGAGUACAUCCCCGAGACCGUGUACAAGGUCGCGCGUCACUACUCCAAAGAUGAACAGACCAUACCAAUUAGUUUUAUAAAGCUAUACAUGUACCAGUUGUUCAGAAGCCUUGCAUACAUCCACUCACUGGGCAUCUGUCACCGAGACAUCAAGCCCCAAAAUCUGCUGUUGGACCCCAAAACUGGAGUCCUCAAAUUGUGCGACUUUGGGUCAGCAAAGCACUUAGUGAGGGGUGAGCCGAACGUGUCCUACAUCUGCUCGAGAUAUUACCGUGCGCCCGAACUUAUCUUUGGAGCUACUGACUACACUACUAAAAUUGACGUGUGGAGCGCGGGCUGCGUGGUAGCCGAGUUGUUGCUAGGUCAACCAAUAUUCCCUGGAGAUUCGGGAGUUGACCAACUUGUGGAGAUCAUUAAGGUCUUGGGUACGCCAACGCGGGAGCAGAUUCGCGAAAUGAAUCCCAACUACACAGAAUUCAAAUUUCCACAGAUCAAGAGUCAUCCAUGGGCAAAGGUGUUCCGUGCGUGCACACCACCGGACGCAAUAUCGCUAGUUUCACGUCUGUUAGAAUAUACGCCCGGCGCGCGUCUCUCUCCACUCCAGGCGUGCGCUCACAGUUUCUUUGACGAAUUGCGUGAAGCGAGCGCAAGACUUCCCAACGGACGUCCUUUACCACCGUUAUUCAACUUUACGGAUUACGAGUUGUCUAUUCAGCCUUCGUUAAAUGACUUCUUGAAGCCACGCGCAGCUGCUACACCGCAUGAAGCUGCGGCUACUACGCAUGAACAUGACGCCCAUGGUGAAAAUGCAGCAGCGAGCGGCACCAGCGGCGGCUCCCCUAGCGCAUCGUAG